ACAUCUUUGAAAGAUAGCAGUUGCGCUUGUGCGUCACGGGCAGCAGUGUAGAGUCGGUAUACGGCGACUGGACAUUACCCGGCGUUUACUUAACAUAAUACAAGUUUUAGUGUUUUCUUUCCCUCCUCGUCGUUCAGGGAAUACGUCCGUUCGCCAACAUGGUUCGGGAAACCGGGUAUUACGAUAUUUUAGGUGUCAACCCCAAAGCAUCAAGUGAAGAAAUCAAGAAGGCGUACAGAAAAUUGGCGUUGAAAUAUCAUCCGGACAAGAACCCAAACGAAGGAGAGAAAUUCAAACUAAUCUCUCAGGCCUAUGAAGUUCUGUCGGAUCCGAAGAAGAGGGAUUUGUAUGACAAAGGAGGGGAACAAGCCAUUAAAGAAGGAGGAGUGAGUGGUGGGGACUUCUCCUCCCCAAUGGACAUCUUCAACAUGUUCUUUGGAGGUGGUGGCAGAACUCAGAGAGAGAGGAGAGGGAAGAAUGUGUUUCAUCAGCUUAGUGUCACAUUGGAGGAACUCUACAAUGGCACAACUAGAAAGCUGGGCCUCCAAAAAAAUGUGAUCUGUGCGAAAUGUGAUGGCUAUGGAGGAAAGAAGGGAGCUUUGGAGAAGUGUUCCUCUUGCAAAGGAAGAGGUAUCCAGAUCCAGGUGCAACAGAUUGGACCAGGAAUGAUCCAACAGAUACAGAGCAUGUGUCAUGAUUGCCAAGGCCAAGGGGAAAGGUUCAACUCUAAAGACCGCUGCAAGAACUGCAAUGGUCACAAAGUUGAACGCAAGAAGAAAAUCCUUGAAGUACACAUUGACAAAGGUAUGAAAGAUGGUCAGAAGAUUACCUUUCAUGGAGAAGGGGAUCAAGAACCAGGCUUGGAACCUGGUGAUGUUGUCAUUGUGCUUGAUCAGAAGGAGCACCCAACAUUCCAGAGACAAGACGAUAACCUCAUAAUGAAGAUGGAAAUCAAACUGGUUGAAGCUCUCUGUGGAUUCAAGAAAACAGUGUGCACUCUGGAUAACCGAAUACUUCUCAUUAGCUCACCACCAGGUCAAGUUAUAAAGCACAAUGACAUCAAAUGUGUGCAGAAUGAAGGAAUGCCAAUCUACAGAGAUCCCUGUGAAAAAGGACAGCUCAUCAUUCAGUUUAUGGUUGCGUUUCCAGAGAAAUGCUGGCUUCCAGAACAUAUGCUACCCCAACUGGAAGCUCUGCUUCCUCCAAGAGAUGAACUGAUGAUCUCUGAUGAUAUGGAAGAGGUUGAUCUUUGUGAAAUGACCUACAAGUCCCAGCGAAGCUAUAGUGGGGAAGCUUAUGAAGAGGAUGAGGGUCCCAGAGGUGGAGUACAGUGUCAGACCCAUUAAAUUUGACACUGUACAAUGGGUGAAUUUGUGUCUAUAUAUAUUGUAUUUGUCACUGCAUGUUGCUCUUCGUGUUUUAAGUUCUGGGUUGAUGAGGAAUACGUUUCAUUGCUAUGAAGAUGGCCAAAGUUGCACAUUUUGAUAAUUUUCCAUGCCUCUUUACUUUGUAAGCGAAGAUUUAAAGAAAAUGUCAACAUAUGCUUUCUGUGAAGGUAAAGUAAUAUGUGAGCAUAUUGUUUUUGACUCUAAUAAAAUACCAUUUUUAUA